AUGGAGGACGACUUGUUCGAUGUCUUCGAUGAGAAGCCGCAAGCGAAUGGCGGCGCAAAGCACAAAAAGAGCAGGAAGCGCAGCCUGAACGGAGACAUUAAAAAUGGCAGCGCCGACGUGGCCAUGUCAGAUGCUGCGGCCAUCGGACACGAUCACACAGAGACGAAGGAUCCCGCGAGCGGCAAUGGCGCUGGCGCUGGCGCUGGCGCUGAUACAGCAACACCAUCCUCUGACGACCAGCGUGGCCAGAAGCGACAACGCCGCGAGAAUGAGCCGGAGCCCAUUGUAGCAGAUACUUUCGAGACUGAGCAAUCGCGUGAGGUCGCAGCCGCGGCGGGACUGCAGGCGCAGAAGGAAGACCAGGCUGUUGUAUUGCAACACCAAGUGCGGCAUCAAGUCUCACUGCCACCAGACUACGAAUACGUGCCCAUCUCGCAGCACAAGCGCCCAGAGGAGCCGGCGCGCGUAUGGCCCUUCCAACUCGAUCCAUUCCAGGAAGUAUCUAUCGCUUCCAUCGAGCGCAAUGAGUCUGUUCUGGUCUCCGCGCACACCAGCGCGGGAAAGACCGUAGUCGCUGAAUAUGCCAUUGCGCAAUGUCUGAAGAACAACCAGCGAAUUAUUUACACCAGUCCGAUCAAGGCGCUCAGCAACCAGAAAUAUCGUGAGUUCCAGGCUGAGUUCGGUGACGUUGGUUUGAUGACUGGCGAUGUCACCAUCAACCCCACCGCCACUUGUCUCGUCAUGACUACCGAGAUUCUGCGAUCUAUGCUGUAUCGCGGCAGCGAGAUCAUGCGUGAGGUUGCAUGGGUAGUCUUCGACGAAGUGCACUACAUGCGUGACAAGUCACGAGGUGUAGUCUGGGAAGAGACCAUCAUCCUCUUGCCAGACAAGGUGCGCUAUGUCUUCCUGUCUGCCACCAUCCCCAAUGCCAUGCAAUUUGCAGAAUGGAUCACCAAGACUCACAACCAGCCAUGUCACGUCGUCUACACCGACUUCCGCCCGACUCCACUACAGCACUACUUCUUUCCAGCUGGUGCCGAAGGGAUCCAUCUGGUUGUGGACGAGAAGGGGGUUUUUCGAGAGGAGAACUUCAACAAGGCUAUGGCCGCCAUUGCUGAAAAGGCCGGCGAUGACGGGUCUGAUCCCAUGGCUAAGCGAAAAGGCCGAGGCAAGGAUAAGAAGACGAACAAGGGUGGCAAGAAGGAAGGUCCGACAGACAUCUACAAGAUCGUCAAGAUGAUCAUGAUGAAGAACUACAACCCUGUUAUUGUAUUCUCUUUCUCCAAGCGAGAAUGCGAGACCUAUGCUCUGCAGAUGUCCCAACUGGCAUUCAACGAUGACUCGGAAAAGCAGAUGGUGCAAAAGGUCUUCGAUUCCGCAAUCGAGAUGCUGUCAGAAGAGGAUAAGCAGCUGCCACAGAUCUUGCAUCUUCUACCACUCUUACGCCGUGGCAUUGGCAUCCACCACUCCGGUCUUCUUCCCAUCCUGAAGGAAACCAUCGAGAUUCUGUUCCAGGAAGGUCUCAUCAAGGUCCUCUUCGCAACCGAGACCUUCUCGAUUGGUCUGAACAUGCCGGCGAAGACCGUCGUUUUCACCUCUGUGCGCAAGUUUGAUGGUGUCACCCAGCGCUGGGUAACACCUUCCGAGUUUAUUCAAAUGUCAGGUCGCGCUGGUCGAAGAGGUCUCGAUGAGCGAGGUAUUGUGAUCAUGAUGAUCGACGAAAAGAUGGAUCCCACUGUGGCGAAGGAGAUUGUCCGUGGCGAACAGGACAAGCUCAACAGCGCCUUCCAUCUUGGCUACAACAUGGUACUCAACCUUAUUCGAGUUGAGGGCAUCAGCCCAGAGUUUAUGCUGGAGCGCUGCUUCUUCCAAUUUCAGAAUGCUGCUUCGGUCUCUGGACUGGAGAAGCAAUUGAUGGAGCUGGAGCAGAAGCGUGCUGACAUGAUCAUUGAAGAUGAGGCCGAGAUCAAGGAGUACUACGAUCUGCGUCAGAGCCUCACGAACUACGCCAACGAUAUGAAGAAAGUCAUCAACCAUCCACAGUACCUGACUAGAUUCCUGCAGAGCGGUCGAUUAGUCAAGAUCAAGUACAAGGAUCACGACUUUGGCUGGGGUGCGGUCGUCAACUUCACCAACGUGAGGCCUGGUCGGAAUCAGACUGCAGAAGACAUCCCAUCCUCGCAACGUGUGGUGGUUGAUGUCAUCAUGAAUGUUGCUGCCGAUGUGACUCCACCGGAUCGCAGUCAACUCAAGGAUGACCUUCCUCCAGGCGUUCGACCACCUGCACCAGGCGAGAAGAGCAAGAUGGAGGUUGUACCCGUCAUGAAUGGUACGAUUGACAGCGUCGGUCAUCUUAGAGUAUUCAUGCCCAACGACCUGAGAGCACAAGAGCAGCGAAAUACUGUACGCAAGGCCCUUGAGGAGAUCUCGCGCCGCUUUCCAGAUGGUGUAGCCAUUCUGGAUCCGAUUGAGAAUAUGGGCAUCAACGAUGAUGGAUUCAAGAAGCUCCUCCGCAAGAUUGAAGUCCUGGAACACAAGCUGCUUUCGCAUCCUCUGCACAAGUCAGAGCGUCUACCUGAGCUUUACGACAAAUACGCUGCCAAGGUCGAGCUCGGGACUGAGAUCAAGAAUCUUCGCAAGAAGAUGACAGAUGCUUUGUCUGUGCUGCAGCUCGACGAGCUCAAGAAUCGCAAGCGUGUCCUUCGCCGUUUAGGAUUCGUCAACGAAGCAGAUGUCGUGCAAAUCAAGGCUCGCGUGGCGUGCGAGAUCUCUACUGGUGACGAGCUUGUGAUAUCAGAACUUUUGUUCAACGGCUUUUUCAACGAUCUCACACCGGAGCAGUGCGCAGCCGUUCUAUCUUGUUUCAUCUUCGAGGAGAAGAGCGAUGACGCGCCACAGCUGAAGGAAGAGCUCGGCAAGGCCUUUAGGGAAGUCCAGGCCGCAGCUCGACAGGUCGCCAAGGUCUCGAUGGAGUGCAAGGUCCUUGUCAACGAAGAGGAAUACUUGCAAUCCUUUAAGCCUCAGCUGAUGGAGGUCGUGUAUGCUUGGUGCCAUGGCGAGACAUUCGCAAAGAUCUGCACAAUGACAGAUGUCUACGAAGGAUCCCUCAUCCGACUCUUCCGCCGCCUCGAGGAGCUUCUCCGCCAGACUGCGGAAGCUGCCAAGGUCAUGGGAAGUGAGGAACUGAAAGAGAAAUUCGAACAGUCUCUUACCAAGGUUCGACGAGAUAUCGUGGCUGCUCAAUCUCUGUAUCUGUAG